AUGACUUCUAUAAGAAAAAUAAAGCACAGAAUAGAGGCGUACAAAAGCACAGUCGCACUUCUUAAGCAGAAAAUCAAGAAGCUGUCAACGCAGUUGGGCGAAGGCGAGAGCGUGGAUAACGGCGAAAGCGUGGAAGAAGGGGAGAUUCGAGGCGAACCUAAGGAAAAGCGGAAGAGAAAGUUUGCGGACGAGUCGAAUGUUGACGGCCUGCUUGCAUGCAUUGACGAAAAAGGCGCAGGAAGCAUCGAUGAGGUGCUGAAGGAAAUAUUCGACCGAUUCAACACGCUAUCCCACAGCGAAAUGCGGAAGGUUUUUGGGCACAUGCUUCCGCAUCUGUCGAACCCUUUGAAGUACACAGUAUUGCAUGAUGUGAUUCUUUUUUCCAGGGACUUGGAAAAGUAUGCGGUUGUGUACAAGGUGUUCUACCCGGACGCAAUCGAGAAGGACGGGAGCGAGGUGAGCGACGUGCUGGAGACGGUUUACUACUAUGCAAUUGACGAGGAGCCUGCAGAUGGGCUCAAAAGCAGGUGCAUUUCCAUACUCCAGAAAUAUGCGAAUAAGCCUGUUAUUGACGGGGAGACAAUAAAUGCAGAGGCUUUUGAUGCAGCCACGUCUAUUCGCCUGUACUGCAAGGCACUUGACUGGGACUGGACGUACAACGAGUACAUUCGAGACGUGAUGCAUCCUGAGCUUAGAAAGGACCACUCCCCGUUUGCCGUUUUUGUGCUGUCCGUUAUAUACGCAGACUGGGCAAAGUCCCUGCCCGCGCAUAAAAGUCUCGAAUACGUGAUUCAGAUGCUCGAUAAAAUCACAGGGAUUGGAACAGGAGAGGAAAUCGUGCACUCCAUGCACUCUCUGGAGACGCAGCUCGUUUGCGCCCUCAUUCUGCGGCAGUUUCGGCCUGGCGCAGCUGUCAAGUGGCACAGAAAGAGGAUCGAGGAGGCGUCCGAGAGGGAGAAGGACCUCAUCGACAGGGCCUGGUCUAUCUCCUUCCUGUAG